CUGUUGAAUUCAACAUAUCUGGUUCAAUAUUGAAUAUUUCUGAAGGGGAAAGGGCAUACGUAAAGUGUUCAGUCAAAAGCUUGCGCACCUUCAACAUUUCACGGGUGGAACAUACUGAUGAUGGAAACAUGUACCAAAAGCACUGUCUCAUGAAAACAGACUGCGUCAUAGUAAUUGAUGCGUAUCGUAUUUCACAACGGCAUUUGAAUUGCCAGGCCAGCUCUUUACAAACAACCGAACAGGAAACAUUGACAGUUAACAUUUAUGAGAAAUCUGAGCAACGUUUCAACAAACAGGAUACCUCUGGCUCUGGAGGCAACUCGUUUAUCUGGAUCAUUAUAAGUUUUUGUUUAACUGCUGUCCUCAUUGGUGCAUUCAUCGCGGGUUUAGUUGCAAUAAAGAAACUGAAGACCGCUAAAGCACAAUCGGAAGCAAAUCAAGUGAGGCACAGAGGAAAUUUUGGUGGAACGAGGUUUGUAUGUUAAAAUUUCCUUAAUCACUUCGGUCGUCUUUGAAUCUUAAGUAUUUCUUUAUGAGUUUAAAAACAACUACAGUCAAACCUGUGUUACAGACCACAUAUGAACUGAAACCACCUGACUUUAAAGACCACAUGUUUUGUAUCCCAUUUUAACAUUUACAGUGUAUUUUAGCCUGUGAAUAAGGACCACAUCCCAAUAAAGGCCACAUUUUAGCUCUCCCAAGGGUGGUCUUUAUAGACAGGUUUGACUGUAAAUACUUGUUAACAGACCAAAACAUACUUGUUUCUACUAUCGACUUUGAAUAAAUAACUUUUUUACCGAAGUAUGUAUUUUUCAAUCAAAUAUGCAUUUAUCUCACACUCUUUUAUUAUUUGGAUUACAUAUUUUAAAAGUCAAGUGUAUCUAUACAGUUAGUUAUAAGAGCAUUUUUUCUCAAUUUUUACUAAAAUUAUUAUUCUUUUUUUUUGUUGGAUUUAACGUCGCACCGAAACAUGAUAGGUCAUAUAGCGACUUUUCAGCUUUAAUGGUGGAGGAAGACCCCAGGUGUCCCUCCGUGCAUUAUUUCAUCACGAGCGGGCACCUGGGUAGAACCAACGACCUUCCGUAAGCCAGCUGAAUGGCUUCCUCACAUGAAGAAUUCAACGCCCCGAGUGAGGCUCGAACCCACAGCGAUGAGGGGCAAGUAAUUUGAAGUCAGCGACCUUAACCACUCGGCCACGGAGGCCCCAUAAAAUUAUUAUUCUGUUGUAAAUAAUAAGUACUUGUAUUUUUCACAUAUGAAUGUGAACAAUCAAGUAACGUUCCUUGUUGCUUUGAGCAAAGCAUGCUUUAUUGCACAAAGUAAGAAGAUUCCUUUUUUAAUACAACAUAGCUGAUUAUUAUAAACCCUAAUGAAACAA